UGCGUCUGCGCACUACUUGAUGGUCUACGCGACGUACCUAAAAUCAUUUUUAUGGAAAAUUUGAAGUUUGUUGUUAUAUUAGUGACAACUUAUUUAUAAUAUUUAUGAAAACUUCGUGCUGAUUACCAUUCCAGGCACAAGGCUGAAUAUUCCCUGGUGUUCAACCUGGAUGCUUUCAGUCACUUUUGUGCAGUUUCGAGCGGUGUACGGUAGCCAUCUUGGAAUCGAACAAAGCUUCAGAUGUGUAGUUUGUCUGUUUAUCAAUAAUUUUUGUGCAUUUUAUUGUAAAUAGUUUGUAUGUUUAGGAUAUGUACGAAACGUUCGUCCACAUGUGUAAAUAGCUAUGGCUGCGACAAGGAAAUUACAAGGUGAAAUAGACAGGUGCUUAAAAAAAGUAACGGAAGGGGUGGAGACUUUUGAGGACAUCUGGCAGAAAGUGCACAAUGCGACGAACAGUAAUCAGAAGGAGAAGUAUGAGGCGGACCUCAAGAAAGAGAUCAAGAAACUCCAGAGGCUACGAGAUCAAAUUAAGUCAUGGAUCGCCUCCGGGGAGAUUAAGGAUAAGAGUACACUUUUAGAAUAUAGGAAACUAAUAGAAACGCAAAUGGAAAGGUUCAAAGUGGUUGAAAGAGAGACAAAAACAAAGGCAUAUUCAAAGGAAGGGCUUGGGGCGGCACAAAAACUAGACCCGGCACAGAAGGAACGCGACGAGAUCUCAGCAUGGCUUGUGUCAUCCAUUGAUGCACUUAAUCUACAGGUGGAUCAGUUUGAGUCAGAAAUUGAGUCACUGUUAGUUGGUAAGAAGAAGCGUCUGGACAAGGAGAAGGCGGACCGCAUGGAGGAGCUGAAGGCCAAGCUGGAGAAGCACCGCUUCCACAUCAAGAAGCUGGAGACGCUGCUGCGGAUGCUCGACAACAUGUCCGUAGAAGUGGAGCAGUUCGCCCCGUUCAUGUUGCAGAUAAGAAGGAUUAAGGACGAUGUGGAGUACUACAUAGAUUCGUCUCAAGAGCCAGGGUUCGAGGAGAACGAGUACAUCUACGACGACAUCCGCGGGCUGGACGAGAUCGAGCUGAGCGGCACCGGCCUGCCCGGCUCCGCGACUACUGACAGCAAUAACAGCAACGACUCGCCGGGGUCGCCCACCAGCAUACUGUCAGGGACGAGUCCUGUGACGUCACCCAUCACGCUAGAGGUCCACAAUCACUCCACCGACUCCAUAGACAUUGAAAAGAAAAAGAAAGAAGACCUAAUAGUAGGCAAACCGGUAAAACCCCUACCACUGAGGCCGGUGGCGGCGGCGGUCAGUAAUAGCACGAGUAAUGUUAGUUCCUUGCUCAAUAACUCCACAGCGUCCACGAAUAGUAUAAGCAACUGUAUCCUGGUGAGCUCGGCGCCGCCGCACAGCCCCGCGCCACCCGCCGCGCGCAACCACUCCGCGCCGCCCGAGCGGACCGACCCCAUACAGGUGGUGGAGAACGGCCCGCUGCCGGUGUCGCUGCCGGCGCCCGCGCCCGCGCCGCCCGCGCCCGCGCUCGCGCCGCUACCCACUCCUCCACUAAAGAGCCUAAGCGUGUCCGCGUUGCCGGCGGCGGAGGCGCCGAGCGAGCCCGCGCUCAACGGCCCGCAGACGCGGCUACUCAACAACACGGACCACCACGCCACGCACAAUAACACCAGUGUGUCGAUAUCGAGCGACGUGUUCCCCGCGUGCGCGUCGCCGCCGGCGCCGGCCGCCGCCUCGCUCAAGAGCAUCGCGCAGGAGGCGCUGCAGAGGGCGGGGCUAGAUCAUCCGCCGCCGAGCGGGCGACGGGCCGGUCCUCUAGCGGAAGCACACAUUCCACCGUUACUGGGGGUCGCGCCGCUCGGGCCCCUACCACUCAACUCGGAACACCAGCUACAAUUCCACCAGAUGGAGUCCGCGUUCUACCACAUGCCGCACCCGUCCGACUCGGAGCGCACGCGGCCCUACCUGCCCCGGAACAUCUGCCAGGCGCCGCUCUACUACAACCAGGUGCUACUACCGCACUCGGACAGCGUGGAGUUCUUCCAGCGGCUCUCGACGGAGACGUUAUUCUUCGUGUUCUACUACAUGGAGGGCACCAAGGCGCAGUACCUGGCGGCCAAGGCGCUCAAGAAGCAGAGCUGGCGCUUCCACACCAAGUACAUGAUGUGGUUCCAGCGCCACGAGGAGCCCAAGGUCAUCAACGAGGAGUAUGAGCAGGGCACGUAUAUCUACUUCGACUACGAGAAGUGGGGCCAGCGGAAGAAGGAGGGCUUCACGUUCGAAUACAAGUACUUAGAAGACCGAGACUUGAACUGAAGAGGAGUCGCCCGCCGCCGCCGGCCCCGCCGUGCACCGCUCACACGAAUGACGACUCUAUCACGUGGAAUCAAUGCUCAGUUCGCAGUGAAGGACGUUCCCAACGAUGGCUCGUAGUUUUAGGCACGAUUUCGCGUGCAGUCUGAACCCGCCGCCGCCCGCGCCCCUUGUUAAAGUAUUACGUAAUGUUUAUUAUAGAGAGACGGGAUUGACUUGCCUUUCCUUCACAAAUAGUGUAUGUGUGGUGGCGCGGACGGCGGCGGAGUCACAGGCCCCGGGCGUGUGGCGAGGCGCCUUCCAACUAGUGUUAUCUCGAAAUUCAUAGACAUACGCCCCACAAAAACUCGUACCUAAUUUAAGCUAUUUUAUAAAGUCUCGUCUCACGCCACACGCCCGGCGGCCGUCGACAUGCAAUAAACCCUACAUAUAGUGAUUUAUUUUUAUAAAACACCAAUAUAGGAACAUAAUGCCUCAGUUUCCAUAGAAUUGUUACAUUGCGGAUGGUAUGAUGCAAGUGAAUCGGAGUUGGAUUCCAGAAGAACGAUUAAAGAUUGUGUCGAUGGCGGGCGCCUGCGGUCACCGCGGUGCCGGCAAGACCCGCCAGACAACUACGGAAAUGCCUUGCCUUUGUUAAUAAUAGCGUUAUCGAUGUCAUAAAUGCAGUAAAUUUCUCAUACGGAUCGGAAUCUCUUAGCGCCAUACUGUUGUAAAUUACCACGUCUCUUCGUCAGGCAGUUGAAUGUGAAGUGUACAGGCAGACUUGCAUGUUUGUAAGAGAUCAUGUGAUGAAAUAGUUUUAGUGACCUAUUUUUGUUCCAAUGUUGGCAGGAGUAUUUUAAAAAAAUGCGAAUGUGAUAUUGUCUGUUGUCGGGCGGGCGGGGCGCGGGGCGGGGGCGGCACGUUCUUUUGACUGCCGCCCGCGCGCCGCGAAUGGGCAUAAGUGGGCACUCAAGAGGACCACUUUUUUAGUCCCAUUGGGACGUCCAGUUUGCCCCAUUCCACCAGUCCCCUUCCAUUCCUAUAAUGUUACACCCAGAGCAAUGCUAGUCGUAGUCUGAACUAAGCGUAAGUGUCCCCCGAGGCACCCCCGCGCCCGCCGGCCGGCACUGGUGAUGCUCACACGCAUGUCGCAGAUUCCAGUGUGAUUUAACGUUAGGAUAAUAAUACACUUUUUCACCUUAGCGAUUAGUUGCUAACGAGAAAUUUCCUUUCAAAAGUAUUGUGAUGUUAUGUACAUUUAAUUUUAAUUAGUGCAUUUAAAUUUAACCAAAAGUGAUAAAUUAUGUAAGAGCAUGUAUGUAAUUCACUGCCACACUUGUAAUAUAUCGGGAAUAAUUGUUAGGUUAAUUUGUACUUAUUUAUUUGUGAUAAAUUAUUUGUAUGUGAUCCAGCAUUUUCGAAGAGUUGUCGUGAGGUGAAAGAGUAUAUUAUUGUGUGAAGCGGCGGCGGCGGCGGCGCCAGCGGCCGUGCGAUAUGUUGAUAGUUUUCACUUUUGUAAAAAGUCUAUCGUGAGAGCUGAUGAAAAAGUGGUAAAUAAUAAUUUAAAAAAUUAUCUGUACAGUUCUAUUUGUAUAGAAAUAAUAAAUAACGAUUAAAAAAUUUAAAAGAACGUUGUGAUUUCUUCUUAACUCUGUAGUGUUAAGCGUCCGCGCUCGCGCCGUGUUUUCUCGGCGGCGACGCGUUUUGGCAUUUCUUUUUUCGUAUUUAUUUUUUUUAUUGAAAGAAAUGACUGUUUAAUUUGUAGAAUAAAGUGUAAGUAAACAUUUA